UGAUAGCAACAGUCUUGUUUUCUAUCUCACACAACACCACACUGACUUUUCUUUCUCCUAUUGAACAUGAAUGCUAUCAAUUCUAUAAUGGAUGUCAUGCAGGGCUUUGGGGUGAGCACCACCCAUUACCUGCAGACUAACUAUCAGGACGCCCAAGGUUUGUUCCUCUGGGUGUCCUGGGCUGCGGACCUCAGGAACACCUUCUUCAUCUUCUUCCCGCUCUGGUUUCACCUGCGUUCUUCUGUGGCCAUCAAACUCAUCUGGGUGGCAGUGAUCGGAGACUGGCUCAACUUGGUGUUCAAAUGGAUUCUGUUUGGGGAGAGGCCUUACUGGUGGGUCCAUGAGACGGCUCAUUAUUCAAACUCUGAUCGUCCUCACAUUGAGCAGUACCCAAUGACCUGCGAGACCGGGCCAGGCAGCCCGUCUGGUCACGCUAUGGGAGCCGCCGGAGUCUACUACACCCUGGUGACAUCCAUCCUCGCCAUUAUGACGAGCAAGAAGAAAUAUGGAGGCAAGAAAUCCACCGACAAGCACUGGUACCUCAAGGCAGUUUUGUGGACCCUGUUCUGUGGAGUCCUGGUGUGUGUCUGUCUCUCAAGAGUCUUCAUCGCUGCCCACUUCCCCCACCAGGUCGUUGCUGGUGUUAUCACAGGUAUUAUCGUGGCCGAAGCAUUCAACAGAACUCAGUGGAUCUACAACGCCAGCAUGAAGAAGUAUUUCUACACGACGCUCUUCUUGACAUCCUUUGCUGUCGGCUUCUACCUCGUACUCAAAGCUCUGGGUGUGGAUCUCCUGUGGACCCUGGAAAAAGCCCAGAAGUGGUGCAUAAAGCCCGAAUGGGUCCACCUAGACUCCACGCCCUUUGCCAGCCUCCUGCGUAACAUGGGCACCCUGUUUGGCCUGGGUCUGGGCCUGCACUCGCCUCUCUACACCGAGACCAAGAAGAGCAACAGCAAGUUGGUGAAAACAGGGUGUGUUCUCAGCUCUCUGUUCCUGCUGCACCUGUUCGACUCCUUCAAGCCUCCCACGCACAUCGCGGCACUCUUCUACCUGCUGUCUUUCUGCAAGAGCGCCACCGUGCCGCUCAUCACUGUCAGCUUAAUCCCGUACUGUGUGAACGGAGCUCUCAACAUGCAGAGCAAAAAGGGAGUUUGAGCAAUGAACUCAGAUUUUACAGACUCAAGAAAUGGGAGUGCAGAGUCCCUUUAAUAUGAGAAAAAUUGAGGGGUUCACUCCAUUCAAAGUCCAACUUUUACUCAGGAAAACCCCCAAUGCGUCGAUGGGACAUCGCCAAUUGUGUCAUUUGGACACUGAACUCUGUGACUUCUGUGAAAGCAGCAUCCACGAUACCCUGGAGCACUUGGCAAUUGUGUUUUUCGAAAUUUGAAUUUAACAAACGGGAUAAUAACAAAUUUCUGAAGUUCCACACCUAAUGACUAAUUCCUUACAUGUGUCAUGCUAAACCUCAUUUAAAGCUAUGAACUGUCACACUUUUUAUAUGUCAUUUUAACAUGGUUAUGUAUUUUAAAUAUUAUUGAGUUUUUCAGAACAAUGAAAAGUAUUUUUGAAACUGUUGUUUUGAAUAUUUUUAAUAAAAAAUGGUCAGAAUGUAUCAAAA